UAAAACAGCAAGAAAAAGAAAAUCUUUCGCGUCAUGCUCGCGGUGUGAUAGUGGCCUCUCUACUCGGGGCAAACCGAACAAUAACAACAAAAAAACAUGGCAGAGAUAACCUACCCCGAACCGAUGCGAUGCUCGCUCAGUUCGCUGGAUCCUGGACUCUUCCUUUCCAACACUCAAAACCUGUGCCAAUUAGUGUGGACACACCCCGGGAUGUCCAUGGAAUCACUUAUGUAAUUGUGUACCGGCUGUGAUUAAGCCAAACGAGGAACUCCGAAUGGCUCUAUGCUAUGGUUUUAGAAUGCUAUGUACUAGUAGUAGUAGUAGUAGUUGUUGCCUUACAUUGGACAGAGUUGGAUAGAGCAACGAGCGGCGAACUCGUUGGUGGAGGAAUCUGGAAUCAAAUUUGCUUCCCCCUCCCUCCCCCCUUUUUGGGUUUCGUUUUCAAUAGCAUAUCGAUUCGGCUUGCUGAUGGUAAUCGACCAUUUCGUUAACCACCGUGCGAGAAACACAGGAUCAACCAUUGUGCGCGAACCGCGUUGCCAAGUGCUGCGCGACUGCCACUAGGCCUUUCGCACAAUAAAGACGUGAGAAAAAGAAAGAGAGAGAGAGCGAGAAAAAAAAUGCGUGCUGGUUGUAUGUAAUAGUAAAGCAAUUGAAGAGCGUUCAGUUACUACCGCUGCUGCUGUUGCUGCUGCUGUUGCUGCUGCUGUUGCUGUUGAGCGAGACACAACAAAGAUGAUGAUGCACAGAAGAACACGCACACGCAUACGGGUAACGGGAUUGCGCGGUUGCUCUCUCGCCGCACUGGCGGUCGAAUCAAUUGGUCCGCGCGCCCGCGAACACAAAGCCCCGCUUGAUCACAAAGCACCGAGACGCAGUACUUGUCGCGCAUCGACCUCGUCGGCGCGCUGGGUUCGGUUGUAUCGGAUCGGAACACAGAAGCGUAAGUGACCACCCGGGGGCAGCAGGACGCACCAGCGGAAGAGAGAGAGAAUAUAUAUUUUGUGCUUUGAUUGUGCGAUCGUCGUCAAGAGUUUACUGGUGAUUGCUGCUACUGCUGCUGCUGCUGCUUGAGCUACGGAGGAUUUCUGGAGGAUCAUCAUGUCGCUGACGGCGGAGCUGUUCGAUCUGCCGGCGCACCAGUUCCGUGUGUUCUGGGAUGCGUCGGGCAGCCUGUGGCAGUCGCUCUGGGAUCGCCUGCUCGAUCUCACCGGUGACAAUGCGCCGCUACUGUGGAUCGUCGGUACGUGGGUGUACACGUCGGUCGUGUACUGGUCGAUCGGUACGCUCUACACGCUCGCCGACGUCACGGGCCGGCCAGCCUUUCUGCGCCGCUACAAGGUGCAACCGGGCACGAACGAACCGGUCGAACCGGGGCGGCUCCGGGCCGCCAUACGGCAGGUACUGCUGAACCAGCUCGCCAUCGGGUUACCCCUCAUGUUCGGUGUCUACUGGUUGUUGCCGGUGCAGAGCCGCACACAGAUCCGGCAAUUGCCGACCUUCCUCACCGGGCUCUGGCAGCUGGCCGUGUGCGUGCUGAUCGAGGAACCACUGUUCUACUACAGCCACCGGUUGCUGCACCACGGGCGCCUCUACCGCUUCAUCCACAAGCGGCACCACGAGUGGACGGCCCCGAUCGCGAUCACCGCCAUCUACUGCCAUCCGGUCGAGCACGCGCUCAGCAAUCUGCUACCGGUUACGAUCGGUGUGCUGGCGACCGGGUGUCACAUCUCGGUCGCCUGGCUCUGGUUUACGGUAGCGAUCUCGAACACGCUGCACGUACACUCCGGUUACCAUCUGCCCUUUCUGCCCAGCCCCGAGCAGCACGAUUUCCAUCAUCUCAAGUUCAACCAGUGUUACGGGGUGCUGGGGGUGCUGGAUUGGCUGCACGGUACGAACGAUCUGUUCUACCGGUCCAAGCAGUCCAAGCGGGACUACAUACUGACGACGCUGGAGCCGGUACGCCAGACCUAUCCGGACUCGUAAGGAUUCCCCGUUUUCCCCCUUCCACCCCGAUCGGGGGUGCCGAUGAUAUUAACUGUGAUCGCGAUCGAUCGCUGUCGUCUGCGUGCUAGAGGCAGGUUUUUGUCCUGCUUUUGCUUCUUCGUUUUUUUUUUUAAUUUGUUCUACUGUUACUGACAUCUUCACACUUGUUAUGCUCCAAUAUACCUACCCGUAUACGAUUGUGUUGGGAACUACUA